UCUAAAUCCAGGAAGUGUUACACGGUCUGCUAAAAAAGCUCCGCGUAUAAUGGCCAAAUAAACCUAACCAGAACAGCUGGUCACACAGAAUUUUAACUUCGUUUACUGUCGUCCUCACACCCAGUCUGGUUUCCGUCAGCAGUUGGUUUGUCGGCGGUUUGAGUCCAGCAACCGGACAGGAAUCAUCCGAAGCAAGGAGCGUCCUGGGCGUGUUUGCUCUUGGAGCGGUGUGUUUUCUGUGCAUGGCCCUUGGAGUGGGAGCAGCAUGAGCGGGGAGCCUGAUGCCUUGGCUGUGGUGAAUCAGCUGAGGGACUUAGCUGCCGACCCCCUCAACAGGAGAGUUAUAGUUGAAGAUCAGGGCUGCUUCUCCGGCCUCAUCCUCUUUCUCGACCAUCCCAAUCCUCAAGUCGUCUACUCCGCACUCUUGGCGGUGCGUUACCUGGCAGAAUGCCGUGCCAACCGGGAGAAGAUGAAGGGCGAGCUGGGAAUGAUGCUGAGCCUGCAGAACGUCAUGCAGAAAGGCACGUCUCCAGGAGAAACCAAGCUGCUGGCCUCUGAGAUCUACGAGAUCCUGCAGAACUCCAAUAGUGCAGAGGCUGAACAAGCAGAAGCCGGAGCCUCCUGCAGAAGAAAAGCCCAGUUUUUCCUGGGUGCAACCAACAAACGGGCCAAAACGGUGGUGCUUCAAAUCGACGGGCUUGAUGAUUCGUCUCGGAGGAGUCUUUGUGAGGAGGCUCUGCUGAAGAUUAAAGGAGUCAUCAGUUUUACCUUUCAGAUGGCUGUGAAGAGAUGCGUGGUCAGAAUUCGCUCAGACCUGAAGGCAGAGGCCUUGGGAACUGCUAUAGCUUCAACCAAAGUCAUGAAGGCACAGCAGGUUGUGAAAGGGGAAGAUGGAGCAGAGCUUGUAAUCCCAUUCCAGGAGGACUCAGAUGUGGUUGUGGAGCAGAAUCUGAAUUUGCCAGAUUAUCUGCCGGAGGACGAGAGCCCGUCUCAGGAGCAGCACAAGGCAGUGACGCGCCUGGGCUCCGUGCAGGAUGGCGUGAGCUGGCUAAACACAGCCGCUAAUUUCCUGUCCCGCUCGUUUUACUGGUGACCCCACGGCUCCCGCAUGACCCGCUCAUUUUACAACCCUGCCUCCACGCGCAAGACUGCCGAGUGCAUCUCGCAAUAAACUUACAACACUGUUCCAACUUCACAAAAAAACGCCACGAGCGGCGGCAGUAAACGGUACACGAUCAAACCUGCUCCUGAAACUCGCAUUUAGCGCUGCAUACAAACUACACCAGACACUAAAACCAGAGAGCAGCCGGGAGACGUUCACAGAAAGUAUUUUGUGUCUAUUUGCUCUCUCCUACUCACCGUAUUUGUUUGUUUGUUUGCUUGUUUGGUCAGGAGAAGGUUCUCGAAAGAUCUGCGUUUGUUGACACUAAACGGGUUUCGCCGCUGGGUCGACGUUUUCUAAAUUUCUACGAUUUUUUGGGGUGCUUUCGGAUGUGUUCUAACACUUCAUCUCAGCUUUCUUGUACAUUUUAUACAACAUUUCUUUUUUUUCUUUCCCAAAAGCCUUUGAUAUCCUAAUAUUACUUUAUUAAUUCAUCUUUUCAAAGCAUGAUGCCUAUUUUCUUUUUUUCUUUUUUUUUUUUUUGAGAACCACGUUCCUUCUGUGUGUGCCUUUAUAUAUUACGUAGCUUGUUUUCUUGGUUUUAAAUGAUCUUCAUCUGCUUCGACUGAAGACAUGAGUUUUAGGUUUGAAAUGUGUUGAUGAUGGAUCAGGGAAAUUAUUCCAUAUGAUAAAUCGUUCACGCUCCAGCACUGGCUGGUGUGCGAUUAAUAUUAAUUUGAUAAAUAAAUAACGGUUUGAUGCCUCCAGAUAAGUGAGGCGACCAUGGAAUAGCUGUUACUUUGUGUGUAGUACCAACCUGUUUUUGUUACAGCAUGUGCCAAACACCAGAUAACCUUCUUCAUGCUGUUGAAAAAUAGCUUGAAUCCUUUAGGAAUUGAUAUUGUUAGCUUUUUUGUACCUUCCUUAACGUGAUAGUUCACCCCUAAAUUAAAAUUGUGUUUAAUUUACUCACCCUCAGCCUAAGAUGUAUGCCAUUUCAAUGAAAAUCAAUUGGAGACUAAAAAAAAGAGGGUAACACUUUAUUUUGAUGGUCCAUUUGAGUAUUAGUAGACUGUCUGCUUGAUAUCUGCUGAUACUGCUUCUUCAACAGACAUUUAACUGACUAUAAGAAACUUUGUAAGUACAUGUCAACUUACACUAACCCCAACCCCAACCUAACAGUCUACUUGUAAUCUAUUGAGAAUUAGUUGGCAUAUUGAUGCAAUGCAACUUAAAUUGAACAAAUGGACCAUCAAAAUAAAGUGGGACCAAAAAAGGAUGCUAAAUGCAAGUCAAUGGCUACCAGCAAUCAACUUUGAGAGUUAAAAAAACACAUAAAGGAAACCUCAAAUUAUUACCUGAGUCUCCUGAUAACAUAUUAGGAUCUGAAGGGGUCGUAUAUAUGGUGACUGAGAGAGCUCAAAACUCACUGCAAUUUUAAGAAAAUUGAUUAACAAACAUCAUAAUCAGUUUGACAACACACGUGUGCACAAAUUCUCUUAUGUACUUAUGCAAGUACAAAAAUGCACUGCAAGUUAGGAAAACACUAGAAAACGUCAUCGAUUUGACAACACGCACACACAAAUUUAAUAUAUUUUAGUUCCGAGAGUUACUCCUGCUAACAUGACAUUAAAAUAACAUUUCAGUUAAUAUUAUGCAAUUCAUCAGAUUAUUUGGUCGAAGAAAAAUACAAACAACAAUAAACCAGGAAAAAUACACAUUAAUACACGCAUUAAAAUACACAGAUUUUGUAGUCAGUCUGACAAUACUGCUGACUCUAAAUAGCAGCCGAAUUCGUCAAUUUUUGCUGUCCCCUGACACAUUUCUGUAUUUCAAUAUUUUUAUUGUGUUUUUUCCAGAUAAUACAAACACAUAAAUGUAUAUGACAAAUAGAAAUCCUAUCAGCAAAGAGAUGACAUCAAAUAUACAGCAACAACAAAAACUAGAAAACUGUAGAACUCUUAAAUCAAACUUAAACUUUUCUACCCCCUUCUAAGCACGAUUCCUUCCAUCUCCCACCCCUCCCUAUUUCCUGAGGCUUUCAGUAAGUAUUCAAAGAUGAAUCAAGAUGCAGAUAAAUAAAUAAUAAACCAAUUAAAAAAUAAAUAUAUAAAUAAAUAAAUAAAUAAUAAGAAGAAAUAAAAAAUAUGGGUAAAUAUAGUAGAAGAAAAUGUCCCCGACACAUUUCUAUUUCGGUCUGCACUAUUUGCAGUGCGCUUUUCUAUUUGCAGGUGUUGUGAGAAGUUGCGGGCACAUGUAGAUGUUUUCUCAAAUUGUUAGUGUUUUUCUGUUUGCUUUUGUUAAAUUGCUGCACAUUUGAGGUUCUCUUGGCUCCCUAUCUGUGACACUGAACAUUUACAACAUUAUUACCUUUAAUCCACAGCCUCUAAAAAUGAUCCCGUGUACAUUUACAGCCUAGUCUAGAGUUCCUGUCACAUACAUUUUUUUGAUGGUCCCUAUUGCACAUUUUGUUGACUAAAAGUGCCAUGCCAAUUACUUGGCAUUAUCUGUUGAUACUGCUCCUUCAACAGACAUUUAACUGACUAUAAGAAACUUUGCAAGUCAAUUUACACUAACCCCAACCCCAAGUCUACUAAUAAUCUGUUGAGAAUUAGUUGGCAUGUAGAUGCAAUUUAACUUAAAUUUAACUAAAUGCGUUUAAGAGACCAUCAAAAUAAAGUGAUACCCAAUUUUUUUAAAUAGCCGUAUUUUUAAAAUUGCCGUAUUCAGUAUAAGCACAACCACCAUUUUGCCACCUCCAUUAUAAACGGCUCCAGACUAAUAAAGACACUUAAGACAAUUUGAUUAGACUUGGCACUAAAGUUAAUAAUUUUUAAAAUAGUUUUGUUCAUUCACAGACUCACCAUUUUGAUUCAUAAGUAUUUGUUUUAUUUUCUUUUGUGCUUCUUUGGCUCUCAAAUCUCUCAAAAAGAUUUUUUUUUCUGAUUUCUAGUCCAAAUAUCUUAAAUUCUUAAAGCAAGAACAAAACAUAUAGUCUUCUUUUAGGAAAUAAAAUGUUAAAAUUAAGAGUUUUUCCUUAAAACAAGCAAAAUAAUCUCAUGUCAAAAGGCAAAACAAGAUAAUUUUGCUUGGUUUUGCAAAAAACUGACUUAAUUUUGCCAGAUUAUAUCUUAAAACAAGACAAUGCUUUGCUUGUCUAGAAUAUGCUUCUUGAUUUAAGAAUUUUUAAAAAACUAUUUUGUCUUGAUUCUAGUCCAAAUGUCUGAAUAAGAAAAGCAUUUUUGCAGUGCUGGUCGACUUGAAUUUUAUGUAUCGCCAAGCAUCACAGUUUCAGCUUAAAAUCUUCAACGAAAAAUUGAUUUCUGCAAAAUUGUUGCAAACAAUUUAAGUGUGUUGAAUAUAAACCAACAAAUUAAAUCAAGCGAUGUUCAGUCCAAAUAAAUUGUUUGCAAACACUUUAAUUUUGUAAUGAAUUAGUAAACCCAAGGAAUCAUCUUUGAAUCAUUUUUUCAGUGUUCUUUAUUGUUCUACUCAAGGACAAAAUGUCAUCUGAGGGUGUAUAAAUUCACAGCAAAUUUUCCUUUUAUAGAAGAGAAGAAUAGAAUCCAAACUAAUUUCCUUUUAUCACAUGCUUACUAUUUACCUACAUUCUCUCUUCUGUGUAUUCCUGAACACCAUUAAUCUAAAUGUUUUGUUCAGGGCCUUUCAUAUAUUACUUUUAUUUUUGAUGAUUUUUCGUUAAGUGUGGGAUUCACCUGCUAGCCAAAUGCAUGAUCGGGUCUGUUUUUGGCCUGAAAUAUGCCUGCCACAAGUCAAAUGUGCAUGAACGUCACCUUUCACCUCUUCCUCUGAGAUCUCCCUGACCAACGGUGUCUUUUUUUAAAUUUUAUUUUUAUUUUUUUAACAGUUUAGAUGAUCGACUGACCUCACAUAUCACAUUCUGGAUGCUCAGGGAUGUGUGUGUGUGUGUGUGUGUUUCCCGAAACUGAUGGUCUUGAUGGUGUACGUCACAGUAUGUGAUUUAAUUCAAAAGGAGACCUGCACACGUCGAUCAUAUAUAAACUAGUAAACGUCCUUUUACUAAAUCCUGUUUCAUUUCUCACAUUAUUAUUUUUAUCAUGCUGGAAAACAUGGGUCAUUGUAAAGCAUCAGUGUUUGUAUUCUUUUUUUCUCAUAUUUGACUAUUUAAUCAAUGCUUUAAGACUGUUUUUUUAAAGAAAACGUUCACAUUAAAUGUACUAAAAUUGAAUCACCAUACACAGUGGCGAGCUUCGUGCAAGAUGAGGCCAUCAGUGUUAUAUUUAUGAACAAAAUCUAAAGGUUUUCAGUCAUUAAAAUUUUUUUUCUCCUCUUUUUCUGUACAUUUACCCUUCCUAGAAGCGUUUUAAGCUACUGUUCACUGUUAAGAACGCAAAGUCAGAGCCCACGGCGAGUGGUAGAUUUUAGUAGCUUCUCAUGUACAGUGCAUAUUCGCUGUUAUAUACGAAGAGUUUUAGGACAUUCGAUUCUUGGCUGUUCACAGUAAUGACAAGGAUUAUUAAAUACAGAAAAUAAAUGUCA